CUUCCAGUCCGGUUCAGUUCGGUUUGUAGAAUUUUUCAUGGUUAAGCCGUUAACUCCAAUGUCGAGAUCUAAAACUGAUCUCAAAACACAUUAGAAUAGGUACUCUCUCUCUCUCUCUCUCUGUUACAUUUGCUUCGUCGAUGGCAACACUCUGCUUCCACUCUCCCUCCAAACCCAUUUCAUAUUUCCACCCCAAAUCGAAACCCUCUCCACCGUUAUUCUCCAAAGUCUCCGUCUUUAGAUGCAAAGCCUCCGUACAAACCCUCGUCUCCGUCGAGCCGGAGCCCGUUUUCACCUCCGUCAAGACUUUCGCUCCCGCCACCGUCGCUAAUCUCGGCCCAGGCUUCGACUUCUUAGGCUGCGCCGUCGACGGCCUCGGAGACCACGUCACUCUCCGCGUAGAUCCCUCCGUUCGCGCCGGCGAGGUCCUAAUCUCAGAGAUCACCGGAACCACCGCAAAACUCAGCACAAACCCUCUCCGAAACUGCGCCGGAAUCGCUGCGAUUGCGACGAUGAAGAUGUUAGGGAUUAGAUCGGUUGGGUUGUCGUUGGAUUUGCAUAAAGGUCUUCCUUUGGGGAGCGGUUUGGGUUCGAGCGCUGCUAGUGCCGCCGCAGCUGCUGUAGCGGUUAACGAGAUCUUCGGUCGGAAGUUAGUUAGAGAAGAUUUGGUUUUAGCCGGUUUGGAGUCUGAAGCUAAAGUGUCCGGUUACCACGCGGAUAACAUCGCUCCUGCGAUCAUGGGAGGGUUUGUUUUGAUUAGAAACUACGAACCGCUUGAUCUUAAACCGUUGAGGUUCCCGGAGGAUAAAGAGCUUUUCUUUGUCUUGGUGAGUCCUGAGUUCGAAGCUCCGACCAAGAAGAUGAGAGCUGCAUUGCCUACAGAGAUUCCGAUGGUUCACCAUGUUUGGAACAGCAGCCAAGCGGCUGCUUUGGUGGCCGCGGUGCUGGAAGGAGACGCGGUGAUGCUAGGGAAGGCUUUGUCGUCUGAUAAAGUUGUGGAGCCGACGAGGGCUCCGUUGAUUCCGGGGAUGGAAGCUGUGAAGAAGGCGGCGUUGGAAGCUGGGGCGUUUGGAUGUACGAUUAGUGGAGCUGGACCAACGGCGGUUGCGGUGAUUGAUGCGGCGGAGAAGGGAGAGGAGAUUGGGGAGAAGAUGGUGGAGGCUUUUAUGAGGGUUGGGAACUUGAAGUCUGUUGCUUGUGUGAAGAAGCUUGAUAAGGUUGGUGCUAGGCUUGUUAGUAGCGUCUCCAGGUGAUUUUCAUGGGAUUGGAAUUACACUCUUCUUCCUCUGUAAAAGUUACAGAUGGUAAUAAAAAGAUUCCAACUUUUGAUCUUUUAUUCAGUUUAGAGAUUUAUAAAGAUGAUAUAUAGUUUCAGUGCAAGGACAGUGAGUGUUCUCCUUUCUUCUGAGGCUUUGAUUAGAGAGGGCACUGUAUUAAUGUGGACGUGAUUAGACGUUUUGAGGGAAUGAAGGUCCAAUGGUUUACUGGGUUUGUGAUUUGAAAUAAAUUUGUUGUAGCUCCUCGUGUAUUCUGAAUGAAUUGAUGAUGAUGUAUGGGUUUUUGUCAAGUUUUGGUUAUCCUUUCUACUU